UAUGUAAUAAAAUCAUAAUGGACAUCAUAAUCAUUUCUAAGUUAUUUUGGAUAACAUAAAAUUGAUAAAGAAGGAAAUAAAAGAAUUAAAAGAUGUUUAUUAGAAUAGAAAGAAAGAUUUUGUUGAAUAUUAAAAUAAAUGGGGGAUUGCAAUAUAAAAUACAAAAAAAAAAAUAGAGAAUCUAAUUUAAUGGAUUAUUGAUUAUGGUUAGGUUAAUGUGAAAUGGGAUUUACCUUUUGAGAUAUUAGAACAAUUAGAUAAAUUUGAUUUUCUGGAAGAAUAUAUAGAAAAUUUAAAAAAUUAAGUUCAACUCCACUAUGAGUAAUAAAAGUAUUAGAGUUAAAAUGCUAAAAAUUUUAGUUAUUAUUUAAGAACUGGAAUGAAAAAUGAUUGUAUAUAAUGA